CCGACCCCUCCGGCCGGCAUGAGGCUCCUGGCGGCCGCGCUGCUGCUGCUGCUCCUGGCGCUGUGCGCCCUGCGCGCGGACGGGUCCAAAUGCAAAUGCUCCCGCAAGGGGCCCAAGAUCCGCUACAGCGACGUGAAGAAGCUGGAGAUGAAGCCAAAGUCCCCGCACUGCGAGGAGAAGAUGGUGAUCAUUACCACCAAGAGCAUGUCCAGAUACCGGGGCCAGGAGCACUGCCUGCACCCCAAGCUGCAGAGCACCAAGCGCUUCAUCAAGUGGUACAAUGCCUGGAACGAGAAGCGCAGGGUCUAUGAAGAAUAAGGUGGAAAAAAACAAAUCUGAUAGGAAAAAAACUCCAGACCAGUUGGGAGACUUCAGCAAAGGACUUUGCAGAUUUAAAAAAUCACAACCCUUUCUUUCUCACAGGCAUAAGACACAAAUUAUAUAUUGUUACCAAGCACUUUUUACCAAGGGUCGGUUUUUACCUUUUAUAGCUGGAGGCGAAAGGCUUCCAGAUGUGAGACCCAGCUCUCCUGCAGACUUUUGUGUGUGUCUGAUAGGCGGCUUUUUGCUGAAAAGGGAGAAACUCACGCCUUUCCUUUUUUUUUUUUUUUGUAUUGUUCAUAUGUCACACCACAUCUGAGCUUUAUACGCGUCUGGGAGGAACAAUGGUCUUGGUGGGACAUUUCCUUACAGCCCUGCUCCGUUCUUAACUUGGGCCUGGCGUCUCUGCACAGCGCCACAGACUUUCCCGGGCUUCUGGCUGCUCCCAGCCUCCGUGUGACUGCCAGUGGGAACAGGUCUUUCCACAUCUGCGCUUAGAGGAACUAGUCUGGUUGCCUGACAAAUAUGCUUCGUCCCCUCUUCCCCCUCCAGUCCAUUUUCCCUCUACUCUAGGACACAUUUCCAAGAUUAGUUGAAUGGCCAGGCAAGAGCUUCUUAAAGAAGAACCGGAGCGUUUCUUAAAAGGGUUCACUGCUGCUUUCCGCUCACUGUCCCCACUUCCCAUCAGCAGCAAAGCUCCCAACCCCCAGCAGAAGCCUUAGGGGGGAAACUUCACAUCACACACAUACGUGCUCGACACACGGCGAGGACCUGCACGGGACGGGACCCACAAGGGGAAAGCCCUCAGCACAUGCUUCUCUCCCUCACCACAGCGGACCAUGCAAUACGUCUGUGACUCCCUGUGGUCCUCUUUGGGGCGCUAAGUGUUCCCUCCUGUGUAUAGAACCUCUUCCAGCCACCUGUCACGCUUCCCUCCCAUAGAGGCCGUAUUGUACUGCUGUGUUAUAUGCUCUGUAAAUGUCGGAAACCGUUAGCGUUGCAUGCAGGUUUCGUAUUCUUUCUAAGACAAAAAAAAAAA